AUGCUGCAGACUAAGCCCAUGACGAGGGACUGCAACUGGGAGCAGUUCAAAAACCGGUUUCCAGAUGAGACGGAAACUUUUGCGAUCGAAGUCCUACUUGCUCAGGAUGAUUUGGUCGAACAGAUCGAAGCUGACCAAUUGCGGCGCUUAAAACCGGAGGGCAGGAAGGCUUUCGAAACAAACCGACGGAGAUCGCGACAACCUAGAGGCCGAAAGAGAGUAGAGAGCACCCCGAUAGCCCGCGUUCGUGUCAACUCAGCCAUCAUUCUAGGAUAUCUCAGCAAGGUGACGGGUGAGGGGCCGUGGGUUGAGAAAUCACAUACGUUCCUGGCUCCUUUUAACCUCUUCUUGCAUUUCCAUGAGGACAUGGAGAAAGAGCUCCGCCAAUUGGAGGAGAGAUUUGGGAAUGGAGGUGCCAGCGCGCCAUCAGCUGAUGGCUUGGAAGCAUCCAACGAUUUUGAUUUUUUAGGAAGCAAAGAGCUGCAGGGGUUGAUGAGAAGCCGACGAGCUUACGCUGAGAUGAAGUGUUAUGUGGAAUUUGUCAAGACCCGGCUCAUCCCUCGGCGCAAUAUGUUCGCUAACGCAGAUCACACGCGCCCAUCGAAAGUGAGCUAUCGCGAUUUGGCAUCGUUAUUCCGGCCGGGUGACUUAGUCAUUGAACCCGGCACCUCUCAGUCCGAAAACAGGAUCCGGGAUAAGCGUAGUUCGGUUGUAAAUGUCACUGAGCCCAAGCUUUGGAAGGUAUGCUACAUGUCUGAAGACACGCCCAACUGGUCGGUUCAGGGUCUCGAUGCACCAGGUGCUCAGCUUCAGAGUCAAAUCGACGUUGGAGAUGAAGCCACACAUCUGCGCCUUUACUACAUUGACUUUGACGGCCAGCGAUUCUCUCCUGUUAGGGGCGAUGUCUCAAUUGAGGCUUUUGAGGGAGAGCGCGAGAUAUCAAAACUCCCGGUAUACCCACUGCGAUUUCAUAAAGAUCACCAGUGUCUCCUGAAAGAGCUUCAGGAAAGAGGUCAACGAUUUCGAGACAUUGUGUCCUCGGGAAACUCCAAUCUUUCUUACCACGGCUGGACCUUGACCAAGGAUCCCUCUGGCCGCGAUAUUGCAGCCAGACCAGGACAAGAAGCUACCGUUUGGCCGGAAUAUAUCGAGAGCGAUGUCAUUGUCGACUUCAACGAGGCGUUCCAAGUACACCCGUGGUGGAAGCCAGCAUUUAGACAUUUCCCGGAAGCUGAAUCAUUCUAUCCUACAACCACCCGCGACGAGUUCCCGAUAAUAGAGUGGUCAGAUAGAUCCCGCUUCAGACAGUUUGCUAGCCGAGAGGAGACUGUCGUCGAAUACGAUGGCGUGAGAGAGCUGGAAUGGGCAAAGUUUACCGAGACGGACGCCUUCAUCAGCCAAGGCGAAUCAUCAGAGCCACUAGCUCAUCUAACACAAACUUUAUCACCAGGCGACCUCGCGCUGCUCCCAGCCCGGCUGUUCGUUUACGCACUGCGUAGCCGAGCCUUCAUCAACGCGGAUAUUAGAUAUCUAAAACCUGUACGAGACACUCUAAACCCGCUGGAAAGCCUGCAGCUCCCGGAGAAGCACAAGGAUAUGAUACAGUCGGCUGUCUUCGGGCACUUGGAGAAGAAGAAAGUCCGGAGACGAGCUACGCUACUCAACAGCGAGUUCAUGGACCAGGACCUCAUCCGCGGCAAAGGGCGAGGAUUAGCCGUGCUACUUCACGGGCCGCCCGGUGUUGGAAAGACAGCCACAGCCGAGGCCGUCGCCCAUUUAUACAAGAAGCCAUUGUUCCCGAUCACCUCUAGCGAUCUGGGAACUGAUCCGUGGGACGUAGAGACCAAGUUGUCGGAGAUUUUCCGCCUGGCUAACUUGUGGGAUUGCAUUCUGCUACUUGACGAGGCUGAGACCCUGCUUGCCCAAAGAGAGAAAAAGGAUAGUAACCUCCAGAAGAGUUCUCUCGUCUCAGUGUUUUUGCGAACACUCGAGUAUUACUCGGGCAUCCUUUUCCUCACCACAAACCGGCCCGACGUCAUGGAUGACGCCGUCAAGUCGCGUGUGCAGGUCAGUCUCCAGUACCCGCGUCUCGGACUUAUCGAGACGCUCGCCAUCUUCCAGACGAAUCUCGACCGUCUCAUCGACAUCGAGUUCGAACGGGCUAAGAUCACGGGUGAGACGGCGCUUGAGGUCAGGUCAGACGGGAUCCUGGCCUUCGCAGCCGCCCUUUACCAUCGCCACGAAGGCAACGCGGCGUCUCCGCCAUGGAACGGGCGCCAGAUCCGCAAUGCGUUCCAGAUCGCGCCGUCAAUCGCGCGGUAUGGACGCAGACACAGCAAUAACAGCAGUGAAAACAACAACGGCUCGCAAUCAAGCGACCAGGAGCCCUUUGUCGGACCGGAACAUUUCGAGAAAGUCGAAGAGUCAAUGACGGAAUCCGAGACGAGCAGCAGUGGUGGUAUCGGUAGACAAGCCUCCGGCAGCGUGGACAUCGAGCGCGCAGACCAUCUAUCGCCCAGCCUGGUGCCGCACUCGAGCCCGAACCGGCAGACGGCCUUCCCGCGCCGCGGCAUCCGCGGCAACAACCGGUUCUCGAGCGAGAUCCAGCGCAACCGGUUCUCGGGGGAGUUCCACCUGCGGCAGCGUUCCUCGUCGUCGGUCGCGCCGCUGUAUCUGCCGUCGACGCAGCUCUGCGAGGACGGGAAGCAGCCCAUGAUGCCCAUGCCGCACCGACGCGAGCCUUCGCCCCCUUGGACGCCUGACCUAGCCUCCGUCUCCGAUGCUGCUUCUCCAAGGGAGUAA